GAAACAGCACACAUCCUUUAAGCCAGAGACGCUGACUGGAUCCAAGGACAAAAACGCAGCUGGCAUGGAGAAACAGUGGGAGCGGUAUCAGCGGAAAGUAUCCAUGUCUAAAGAGUCCUGCUCUGACAAUUACCUGGUGUUUAUCUGCAAGUUACCGAGAAAGGAAGGAGUCCGGGUUGCAGAAGACCAUGAAGCUAUAGAAGUCAAGCUCCCAGCUCAAUGCACUGUCCACCAGCUACGCCUGCAGCUCUGCAGGCUCAUCCAGGAGACCAGCAGGUUUCCAGACCCAUUUGGCCUCCUGGAUCCUGAGAAAUAUACUCUACUGUACACAAAAGGUGAAGAUGAGUUUGAAAUUUAUGAUGACUUUCAGGUCCUGCAAACUUUGGAUGCACCCUGGUUCCAGGAUACUGAAGGACAUCGGACAAGCUGGAUCACAGUCUUGGCAAAGCAUGGUAACUCAGAGGAGAGGGUGUGCUACCAGAGCCUUCUGGAUGAGCUGAUUGGUUAUGAUUUAGACAGUGCAGCAGCUAAUCGUUUAAGUGAACUGAGUUUUGCUCGUAGAAAGUUUGUCACACCACGCAAGGAAGAACUAAAAAGGCGCCAUCCUGUGACGUAUGCCACAGAGCCCUGGACAACUUCUGCACCACUCUCGAAAGACCAGCAAGAUCAACUCAAAUGCAAGCUACCAAUUACACUGCACUAUAAUAACGCAAGCUUUAAUGUUACAGUUGAUUUGUGUAAUACCCCUUGUAAUCUCCUCAUGGUCAUUUGGGAAUCACUGCCAUCAAAAGGCCAGUCUUUUGAGAAAUGGACAGAUGAUCAUGUUCUCAAAGUCUGUGGCAGAGAAGAGUACCUCUGUGGAGAUUUCCAACUCUCAGAGUUCCUUUGGGUCAGACACUGCCUGAGGAAUGUACUGGAGCUUCACCUGACGGUGGCUGCCGUCUCGUCACUUCCAGAUGAUUCAGUGAGGAAGGAAUACUGGCCUGAGGUUGACAGUCUCACAGGUCUCUCUAGUGCCCAUGAAGAAAUUUCAUUCGAAGGCAAGGAAAUUGAUGAGAUUGUAAUGAUAUCGCUUUGGGACUGUGAGAGGAACUUUAGGGUGAAGCUCAUAGGAUUCGAUAUACCUGAUAUGCCGAGUAAAAUCCCUGAACAGGUCCAUGUGGAAGCCACAAUUAUUUAUGGCAGGAAGGUGGUGUCAUCGGUUUGCUCUUCAUCAAAGGUCUUUGCGGAAGAGGUUCUGUGGAACACCUGGCUGGAGUUUGAUAUCCUUCUCAAGGAUAUACCUCGUGGAGCUAAACUAGGCUUCACUAUUAAUUCCAGCAUGGUUGCCACCCUAUCUAGGAAAACCAGGUCCCAUUCCACUGGAGGCAAAGUUCCAGACUUACAGAAAAGAAAAGAGAAAGUGUUAUAUUUCGUAAACCUACAGCUGAUUGACCACAGGUCUCUCCUUAGCCAGGGGCCACACACAUUGCAUAUGUGGUCUUUCUCAGAACAAGAUGAAGAAGCAUUCACAUAUGAGGCAGACAAACUCUCCACUGCCACCAACCCUGAUGUGGCCAAAUCCAUGGCAAUCACAUUUCUGCUGGAUCGCUACAGCUUCCCUGUUGUUCUGCCCCAGAGCAGGAUGUCUUCUGAUACCACGUGUCCUCCUAGUGCAGCAUCUCCUUCAUCAGAUCCCAUAUCUCCUCUACCUGUCGCUGGAUCCAACCCGUCCUCCCCAGCCAUGACUUCUCCAGCAACACCUACAGUCAAAGAUCGUCUGAAGAGAUUCAGGGAAGAGAGUGUUCGCUAUGCUUCAAACCUUCCACAGUUUCUCCGAACUGUAGACUGGUUGACGCCUAGUGCUGUUCAGGAUGUUCUUUGGCUACUGGGACACUGGAAGCCUCAUGAUUUGGAAUUAGCUGUGGCUCUGGAGCUGCUGAGUGUUGACUACAUAGACGAGAAAGUCAGGAGAUUGGCUGUUCAAAGGCUGGAGAUGAUGUCCAAUGAGGAGGUACUGAGGUACCUGCUACAGUUGGUCCAGACCUUGAAGGUAGAGCCAUACCAUGACAGCUCUCUGGCAAGAUUCCUAAUCCAAAGGGCACUCAGGAGCAAGCGUGUCGGACAUUUCUUUUUCUGGUACUUGCGGAGUGAGGUGGCAGGUUGCCCAUUUUUUCGUCAGCGAAUGGCUGUCAUAUUGGAAGCUUAUCUCCUCGGCUGUGGUGAGGCCAUGCUGACAAGCUUUCAGCGCCAAGUUCAAGUUGUCAAGACCCUACAUGAUGUUGCCAUCAAAGUGAAAAUGCUAUAUCCGGAAAAAACGUCCCUACCAUCAUCAGCUGCCCAGAAACUGCGAGAAAUAUUGCAGGAGUACAGCUUUCCUCCUGACUUCCAGGUGCCUUUUGAUCCCCGGGUCAGAGCAGGCACACUCCUUCUGAAAGAAUGCAAAGUGAUGGCCUCCAAGAAGAAGCCUCUCUGGCUCGAGUUCUCCUGUAUGGAGUCAGAGGCACCAGCUGGUCCUCCAGUAGGUAUAAUCUUCAAGGAAGGUGAUGACCUCAGACAGGACAUGCUCAUCAUCCAGACACUGAUAGUGAUGGACUCAAUUUGGCAAGAAAAUUGUCUGGAUCUCAACCUUGUGCCCUACGGCUGUAUAUCUACAGGAUAUAACAUAGGUAUGAUUGAAAUUGUGAGAGACGCUGUUACCAUUGCUGCUAUUCAGAGAAAUCAAGGAGGAACAACAGGAGCAUUCAGAAAUAAUGCCCUUUAUGAAUGGAUCAAGGAAAAGUGUCCCCUACAAGAGAAGCAAUACCAAGCAAUGGAGAAGUUUGUCAACUCAUGUGCUGGUUAUUGUGUAGCCACGUAUGUAUUGGGCAUAGGUGACCGCCACAAUGACAACAUCAUGAUAACAAAUCAAGGGAACCUUUUUCACAUUGAUUUCGGACACAUUCUGGGCAACACCAAGAGUUUUUUGGGUGUGAGUAGAGAGAGAGUUCCCUUUGUCCUCACUCCUGACUUCCUGUAUGUCAUGGGCAGAGUGAAAGGAGAAUCAAGCCUUUACUUCCGCAAGUUUAAGGACACGUGUAUCCAGGCCUAUUUGUCUCUGCGCUGCCGGUCUCGCCUGCUGCUUACGCUCUUCUCUCUCAUGCUGCUGACGGGUAUUCCCGAGCUGAGCGCAGCGCAGGACUUGCGCUACCUGCGGAAAGCUCUGCAGGAGGAGCAGAGCGAGGAGGAAGCGCGCCAGCACUUCCUGCAGCAGAUCGACCUGUGUGAGCAGAAGGGCUGGACUGUCCAGGCUAACUGGUGGAUCCACUUGAUGGCUGGCAUCAAAUAG